GCGCAACUGGGAACCAGGUGCUGAAGGACGAUGACGAAAUCAAAAUUGAAAAUUCAAUUCCAUUUUUCUUUCAUUCUUCAUUUCUGAUUCUAAGUCUGAGAUGGUAGGUCAUCAAAGCCAGGCAGCCAAAUAUGCGUGUGGUAACAGCCAUGUUGAUAAGUGUAAACAUGCUCCUUCCAUUUUCUCUCUAGCUAGCUUCCUUCUUUUCAUAUCAUCGCAUCCAUCGCACACCACGUGAGCAAUUAACAAGGGAAGAAGAAGGAGAAGCGCGUCAUCAUCACCAACCUCUCUCAGGGGUUUCCGUUUUCCCCUCACAAAAAACCAAACUACCAGUAGUAGUAACCGUGAUAACCGUACCUAAAACCAAAUCAGUUAGUUAGAGAGAACCGAUAACCGAAAAAGAAAGAGAAAAAGAUGCUACGGAGCCCGAGGAAAAUUUCCAUGCCCUUUACGAAACUGGGUUGGAAUCUUGAUUGGCGUUUCCUUGUGUUAAUAAUGGCACUACCCCUUUCUUUAUUUUUCAUGUUCCUUUCUUUUCCCAACCCAACCACUUUAACAAACUUUUCCGCCUUUUACCCGGUCCGCCACUUUAUCAGUAUCAGGUUCCCUUUGGGAACCACCACCACCGCCAUAAUGGAUGACGAUUCUCCUCCUUCGCCUUCGAAGGAGGAGUUGUUGCGAUCAAGAAUGGCGGUGUGUUUGGUUGGAGGUGCUAGAAGGUUCGAACUCACAGGACCGUCCAUAAUAGAGAUGAUUCUGAAGGAGUACCCGAAUUCCGAUCUGUUCUUGCAUAGUCCGUUGGAUUCAGACACGUACAAGUUCUCGCUGUUGAAUUCCGCGCCUAAAAUCGCCGCCGUUAGAAUCUUCCAGCCUCAGCCAUUGCCCGAGAACGAUUCCUACGUCAGAGUCCUCUCCUCCAUGAACUCGCCUAACGGUGUCCAGGGGCUUCUUCAAUAUUUCAACUUGGUGGAAGGAUGCUUAAAGAUGAUAAAAUCAUAUCAAGAGAAGAACAAUUUCACCUACGAUUGGGUAGUUCGAACAAGAGUUGAUGGGUACUGGAACAAACCCCUUGGCCCAGAAAACUUUGUAAGAGGCAAGUACCUCGUUCCAGUUGGAUCCUCGUACGGAGGCCUCAACGACCGUUUCGGCGCCGGCGAUAUUAAAACCUCAACCGUCGCAUUGUCUAGGCUUUCCCUCAUUCCAAAACUCGACUCUGCCGGAUUCAACAACCUCAACUCAGAGUCAGCCUUCAAAGCCCAACUAACUACCCAAAAGGUGGCCCAUCUCACCAAGCUUCUCCCCUUUUGCAUUGUUUCGGACCGUAGGUACGAUUUUCCUCCGGCCCGAUACGGCGUGCCAGUGGCUGCUCUUGUCAGCCCGGGCCCGUUGAGUGGGGCGAAAUGCAGGCCGUGUAAUCCCGUGUGCCAGGGGAAGUGCGUGGAGAGUGUGAUGGAGUCACUGGACAAGGAGUGGAGUUGGACCCAUUGGGCCCAUGGGGCCCUUGAGCUGUGCGAUGCCCAUGAUAGAUGGGAGGCUGGUUGGGAGAAGAUAUUUGAUCGUGUUGUUGGAAAGAAACUUGCUGGUGAACGAAAGAGAGUUCGAUCUAUGGAUUUGGAAGAGUGCGUCGAAAGUUUCUUAAAAUUUAAAAAACGAACUGCCAUUUGGGAUGCCCCUUCGGUUAUACAGAUUUGUAAACUGGGUUUGGAUUAGAACUUAAAACAGCUGUUUUUCCUUUUUUUUUUUCUACUUUCAUAGUUAUAGCUCCAUUCACAAUUUAGUAGAAUUAAUACUUUAUCAAUUUUUUAGAAUCGGAUACACUAUCAAGGAAUAGAGAAUGUGGUAUAUACAGUGAAUUUCUAUACUGUUAUUGUAGA